AUGGGGAACGGUGUGUCUGAAGAGGAAAAACAAAAAAUCUAUGCCCUUCAAUCCAGUCAUCAACAGCUCCAAGCUCAGCACAACAUUCUUCAACAGCAGCUCCGUUCAUGUCAACAACUUGUCAGAGAGAAAGAUUAUCAGCUCCGUACCUUUGAAGAUACUUGUAAUCAACAAAAACAACAAAUAGAACAGAGUCAGCUUCAGACACAACGUAUGAACGAAGAAUAUCAAAAACAACUUUCGUCCACAUUAAACCUAUUCCAAGAAGAAAUUGAAAAAAAAAAUCAAAUUUUAGAAUUCAAUUUUAAGGAAAAAAUAGAUCUUAUUCGUGCCAAUGAGAAAUUGGAGAAUGACUUGUUGAUGAUGAGAGUGGAUUCCAAUUCUGCUCUGAGUAAAAAUGAUUUUUCAAAUGAAGCAAGCCCAGAAAGAGUGAGAGAAUUGUUUGGUCACACCAAAGAAAAAUUGAGAUCGCUUGUGGAUUAUUUCGAAGAUGAAUGUCAAAUAUCUGAGGACAAGUCUUUUGAGCUGGAGAAGGAUCUUUCCAAAUACUUAUUUAAAGAGGUUAAAUCAAUUUUAUUGGAAACAUCAGACCAAGCGCAAGUAUCUGCUGAGAAGAGAAAUGAAGAGUUGGAUGGCAGCACCGAAUUUGACACCAAGUCAAAAAUGUUGAUUAUCAAACAAGGAAUUCUCAAAAUUAUCUCCGAAUAUGAGCAAGAUUCUACUCUCAUCAAGGAAGAAGUAAUCGAAGAGCUUUGUAAAGAAACAACAGAAUUAUUCAGAACCAUGCAAGCAUGCUCAAAAACACUGGAGUUCAUAUGGUAUGAUUCCUUGAGUGAAUACAAUCCGUAUGAACAAUCUUCCAUCAACAAUAACUUUAAAAUAUUGGUCGAGUACACAAUUUUCCCAUGUUUAAUGAUUCCUUCCACAAGAACGGUCUUUGAGCGAGCUCUUGUUGGUGUUAAGGAAAAAAAAAGUAAAUAA